AUGUGGGAGGUGGAUAUUAUUACUGGUCUGCAGCUGCGGAGCAUAGAAGAGCCUCCAGGUGGCGCGGGCGGUGGCAUGCCCGCGCCAACCUGUUACGAUGCAGAAUGUGCCCGCACUGAAGCCUGGCUUGAUGAGAACCAGGAGUUUGUACACGACUAUUUCUUAAGGAAGGCGACGCGACAGGUAGUGGACGCGUGGUUAGUCUCACACGCGACGCCGCCUAGCGCCGAACUAGCGUCCCCUUCGAGGGCAGGUUCUGGAUCAGGCGCAACUACUCCUGUCAGGAAGAUCUCAGCGCACGAAUUCGAGCGCGGUGGCCUCCUGAAGCCCCUGGUAACGACGGUCGACGGCACUCCUACCUUCCUGGGCGACCAGCCUCCACACGCCACGCCGUCGCGGCCGCAGCGACGAUCGCGACACGAGCUCCGUCAGCUGGACGAAAAGGAACUCAUAUUUGAAUUAGUUAAAGAUAUCUGCAACGAGUUGGAGGUUCGUUUUCUCUGCCACAAAAUACUUCAAAACGUAUCAAUACUACUCGAUGCGGACAGGGGUUCACUGUUCCUCGUACAGGGCGAGAGGGCGUCAUCACCCCAUCCACAAAAUGGAAGAUGUCUGGUGUCGAAAUUAUUUGACGUGUGCUCGAAGUCCACGCCGGAGCAGAUGGAGCAACUCGAAGAGAUCAGGAUACCGUGGGGAAGUGGCAUUGUGGGCUAUGUUGCGGAGAGCGGCGAGCCUGUCAACAUACCUGAUGCUUAUAAGGACGAGCGAUUCAACCACGACAUCGACCAGCAGACGGGUUACAAGACGAGGUCGCUUCUCUGCAUGCCGAUCAAGGAUAUCAAUGGAGAAGUAAUCGGUGUUGCACAGGUGAUAAACAAACAGAACGAUGGCCCGUUCACGGCAUACGAUGAAAAAGUCUUCGCUUCUUACCUUCAAUUCUGCGGUAUUGGUCUUCGGAAUGCACAGUUGUACGAGAGAUCUCAGUUGGAAGUCAAAAGGAAUCAAGUCCUUCUGGACUUGGCGAGAAUGGUCUUCGAAGAGCAGAGCACGAUAGAGCACAUGGUUUUGAGGAUACUGACACACACGCAGAGUUUGAUACGGUGUCAGCGGGUACAGGUGCUACUUGUGCACGAGGCGUCUAAGGGCAGUUUCUCUCGUGUAUUCGAUUUAGAGGCUGGAGAUGACGAGGCGCCCGGAACACCAAGAACGUCUCCCUAUGAAAGUCGGUUCCCCAUUAACAUUGGUAUUACGGGAUACGUUGCUACCACUGGGGAGACCGUUAACAUCGCUGACGCAUAUCUCGACCCCCGUUUCGACCCCUCCGUAGACGAGGACGCGGGGUUCAAACACAACACCAUCCUUUGCAUGGCUAUCAAAAAUUCCGAGGGUAGAAUCAUUGGUGUGAUUCAAUUAAUCAAUAAAUUCGACGACUUGCUUUUCACAAAGAAUGACGAGAACUUCGUGGAAGCGUUCGCGAUAUUCUGCGGUAUGGGUAUACACAAUACCCAUAUGUAUGAAAAGGCAAUCACUGCCAUGGCCAAGCAGAGCGUGACCCUCGAUGUGUUAAGUUACCACGCUUCUGCCUCUUUAGACGACGCCCAGCGAUUGCGGAAUUUAAGGAUACCCUCAUCAGUCCACUUUAAUCUUCACGAACUCGCCUUCGACGAUAUAGACCUCACUGAUGACGAUACCCUCAAAGCUUGUCUCAGAAUGUUUCUGGACCUCGACUUUGUUGAGAGGUUCCAUAUAGAUUACGGCGUGCUCUGCAGAUGGUUGUUGAGCGUUAAGAAGAAUUACCGCAAUGUAACCUACCAUAACUGGAGGCAUGCUUUUAACGUCGCCCAGAUGAUGUUCGCCAUAUUAACUGAGACGCAAUGGUGGAAGAUAUUUGGCGAAUUGGAAUGUUUGGCAUUAAUAAUAGGCUGCUUAUGUCACGACCUUGAUCAUCGAGGGACCAAUAACUCUUUUCAAAUCAAGGCGUCAUCUCCUUUAGCGCAAUUGUAUUCGACGUCGACGAUGGAACAUCAUCACUUCGACCAAUGCUUGAUGAUCCUCAAUUCACCUGGAAAUCAGAUUUUGGCCAAUUUGUCUUCAGAAGACUAUGAAAAAGUCGUGAAAGUUUUGGAAGAUGCUAUCUUAUCUACCGAUUUAGCCGUAUAUUUUAGCAAGCGCGCGGCGUUCCUGGAGCUGGUGCGCGAGCGCGCGGCGGGCGGCGCGUGGGGCGCGUGCGCGCGGCGGCGCGGGCUGCUGCGCGCCAUGCUCAUGACGGCGUGCGACCUGGCCGCCAUCUCCAAGCCGUGGCCCGUGGAGCGCCGCGUGGCCGCGCUCGUGGCCGGCGAGUUCUUCCGCCAGGGCGACCUCGAGCGCCAGAACCUCAACCUCACGCCCAUCGAUAUAAUGAACAGAGAUAAAGAGGAUCAGCUCCCUGCUAUGCAAGUCAAAUUUAUCGAUACUAUUUGCCUCCCCAUAUAUGAGGCAUUUGCGGUGCUUUCGCCAGCGUUACAACCUAUGCUCGACCGAGUGAAAUCAAACCGGGCACAUUGGAUUGAACUCGCGAAUAAUGACAAAAACAGCGGUGAAAAGUUCGACUACGGCCUCGACAAGGACCAUAUGCAUGAAAGAAACGAUAAAUCAAGCACUAGUUCACACGUUGAUGACACGGAGGGGACUUACGAAGGGGACAGCAGUGGAGCGGUAAGCUUAUCAUCAGAAACCAAUUCUAAGUACGAAAACUUAGAAAACCCUGUGGUCGGACUCGUAUGCAACAACGCUUUAACACUACCGAGAGAUCCGAAAAUCUGUCAGCUGAACGAACUGAACUAA